AUGUCUGAAUUCAUGAGCAACCUUCUCAAUGGCUCCAAUAGCCUUGACGACGACCCCAGCUUCGAAGUCUACACUCGUCUUUGGGGGGAAGGAGUGUAUCUGCCCAUGCCCGUGGUCCGUGACGAAAAGACCGGUUGCUGCACCAUUACCUCUGCACUUUUCACAAGCUUUCAAUUGGACCAGGACUCGGUUUCAGACCUGGUCGAGGACGGCCAUUCAUGCUGUCACACAUCUCGUUGCACAAAAGUAGUCGAAUUGCUACUCCGCAGAGACGCGAUCACAUAUGUGUUCGCGUUCUGUGUGGUCGAGGGAAGUGAAAUGGUUGCUGUCAUGACAGGAAAAGAAAGCUGCUGGUCACAGCCCGUCCGGCACAACUGCGUGGCCGCCGUAGUGCCGCUGUGGACCGAUGGAGAAGCAGAGCUGGUGCGACGAAUCCAGGAGGAAGAGUACAAUGUAAGAAUGGAAAGGGAGUGCGAAGAAGCCCGCCUGCGAGACGCAGCAGAGUUUCAAGCCAUGACGGCAAGAGAUCGAGCUCGGCGAGAACAGCAGCAGCAGCAGCAGCAGCAGCAACAACAACAGGAGCAACCGCAGGCCCAGGCCGGGCAAGCUCAAGCUGGUCACGCUGGCCAGCAGCCCAACUGA